AGGAAAAUGGGUUUGAAGGUAGGAAGGUCACCACCUUACAAGGGCGCUAGAUGGGUCUCUCUGCUCUGCAUUGCGAGCUUCUGCUUAGGUGUUUUUGUUGUCAACAGGUUAUUGACAGUGCCUGGUUCUGUUAGAACAGUGAACGAUGCUAUAUCUGUGGAACAUAUGUCACAGGAACUUCAUCCUGUUCUUGAGUGCGAGAAAAAGGCAAGUCAGCUGGAAUGUGACCUUUUUGGCCUCAUAGUUACACAAAAUAAGUAGAUAAACUGAUUCCUGGUGUGGUUGAUGUUGAUACAGGAUACUUCUCUGGUAGCAGGAGAUUUUCUCUUCAAAGUUUCUAAAACACACGAUGUAAUCAUGGAAUUGGACAAAGCCAUUUCUUCUUUGGAAAUGAAGCUCGCUGCUGCUAAAGCACAAAAUGAAGAAAUAGCUGUUGUUGGUAGGAAACCAAUAAUUGAGCCUUUGAAUAACCGCCCUAAGGUUUUCUAUGUAAUGGGAAUCAUUACUGCUUUCAGCAGCAGAAAACGCAGGGAUUCAAUUAGGGAAACUUGGAUGCCUCAAGGGGAGGAUCUAAGAAAGUUGGAAAAUGAGAAGGGCAUUAUCAUACGGUUUGUAAUAGGGCACAGUGCAACCCCAGGUGGAGUCUUGGAUCGUGCUAUAGAUGCUGAGGAUGCACAACAUAAUGAUUUUUUUUGACUGAAUCAUGUGGAGGGAUAUCAUGAGCUGUCCUCUAAGACUCAAAUAUACUUUUCAACUGCAGCAGCAAAAUGGGAUGCUGACUUCUUUAUUAAAGUUGACGAUGAUGUGCGUGUCAAUCUGGGUGUUGUAGGUUCAUUGUUAGACCGUCAUCGAUCUAAACCUUGUGUGUACGUGGGUUGCAUGAAAUCUGGACCCGUUCUUUCACAGAAAGGAGUGAAGUACCAUGAACCCGAAUACUGAAAAUUUGGUGAGGAGGGAAAUAAGUAUUUUAGGCAUGCAACUGGACAAAUAUAUGCGAUCUCCAAGGAUUUGGCUACCUACAUAUCAAUCAAUGGACACAUUCUACAUAGGUAUGCAAAUGAAGAUGUUUCUCUUGGUUUUUGGUUUAUUGGGCUUGAUGUUGAACAUAUUGAUGAACGGAGUUUGUGCUGUGGAACACCUCCAGAUUGCGAGUGGAAGGCCCAAGCUGGGAACAUUUGUGCUGCAUCGUUCGAUUGGAACUGUAGUGGAAGUUGUAAAUCAGUGGAAAGGAUGGAAGAGGUCCACCAGCGAUGUGGAGAGGGAAAUGGAGCAAUAUGGCGUACUAGUUUCUGAAAAUUUAUGAUCAUAUGCAUUGUGCAGUUCAAUUCUUUUCGUUGUUACUCCAAUCGUAGGGAUGUGAUGGCCCAAUUUUUGACUUGAAAUACUAACUUAAUUGGAAGUUUAUUAGUUGGGCAGAAAAUUGAUGUUCCAAAGCUGGUGAAGGGCGAAAUAUGUUACUACCGUUAAUUGAUUGAUGAUAAAAUUGAGUGGACGGAAUAUGCAUGUUCAACAUGUUAGUGAAAGGGAUGGAAAUUAAAUUGCAAUAAUUAUUAGGUUGCAAAAUUUGCUAUGAUUGAAGUGAAAAUGAUGAAUGACAUGUUUAUGGAUCCACACUGCAUUAGAA